CACUGGGUUAGGUUGCUCUGAGUGUCUCUGAAAGGGUUUAUUGCCUCUCAAAACGGAGAGCCCACACUCAAGAAUCAGCUGGACCCUGGCUGGCAACAGACAACAGACAACAGCAGUUUACUUGAAAAAAAAUAAGAAGCUGUUGUCAAGAUGUUUAAGAUACGUAAAUCUAAGGAUGAGGAGCCAACUGCUCCAGGGCAGGUGAGAAUUAAAAAGAGGUCGAGGGUGCCUGGGGUGAUGAUUACCCAAUAUGUGGAAGAACUACCUGAAGGCAUGACCACACCAGAUUUCACUCGGAAACCAAUUGCUCUGACGAUUCAAGAAGGAAAAAUGGCUAUCUUCAGGGCAGUAGUUACUGGCAAACCAGCACCUACUGUGACCUGGAUGAGAAACAAUGGAGAAAUUACUGAGGAAAUGUACAAAAUCAUCUAUGAUGCAAGCUCUGGCGAACACCAGCUACAGAUUCCUGAUGUAUCGGUGGAUGAAGCUGACACCUACAAGUGUUUUGCGGAAAAUGAAUAUGGAAAAGCAAUCGUAACUGCUGCACUAAAUGUUAUUGAAGUUGGCUAUAAAAAGAACAGAGCUUUGCAACAAUCAAGAACAGCUAUCCGAGAGAUACCUGAGGAUUUCAAAAAGACCUUAAAAACUACGGUUGACCUUGAGCCAAAAGAGGAGGCAAAACCAGAAAUCGAUGACAAGUUUUGGGAAUUGUUGUUGAGUGCAGACAAGAAGGAUUAUGAAAAGAUAUGUGCACAGUAUGCUAUCACUGAUUUUCGUUGGCUGCUGAAAAAACUAAGUGAGAAGAAGAUAGAAAGGGAGCAAGAGCAGGAAAAGGUCGUUGAAAGACUUUGCAACCUAAAGCCCAUUGAAUUGAAAGCUUCUGGUGAGGCAGAGUUUGAACUUGAAAUGUCACUCAAAGACCCAACUAGCAAAAUCUACUUAUUUAAGGAUGGAGUUAUGGUUCCUUUUGAUGCUGACACAGAGGUAAAACAUGCAUUGAAGCAAGUUGGAAAGAAGUUUGUGUUUAGCAUCAAUGGUGUUAACCCAGAGGAUGCAGGAUUAUACCAGGUGGAGGUUGAUGGUGUUAAGAUCUUCUCAACUGACUUAAAACUUCCCCCCAUAGACUUCUUGGUCAAGAUCCAGGAUGUGAACGCAGAGGAAAGAGAGGAUGCUGUGUUUGAGUGUGUCAUUUCACAACCACUGAAAAAGAUUACUUGGAUGGGCAAGAAUGUCUCACUGGAGCAAGGAGACAAAUAUGACAUCCUUGUGUCAGAGGACAUGCUAAUUCACACUUUGGUAGUAAAGGACUGCAUGCCAUUGGACAAAGGAAUUUAUGCAGCUGUGGCUGGACUUAAAUCCUGCAACGCCUGGCUUAUAGUGGAAGCUGACAAUGAUCCAAAUUCGGUCGGAAAGAAGAAAGCUCGCAAAACAACCCGAGCAGGUGGUGGUGGAGCUGAUCUUCUGAAGAUAGCUGAGGAACAAAAUGCAAAGAUACAGAAAGAGAGAGAUGAGCUGAUCGCAAAGGCAAAGGCAGAGGCAGAAGCAGCAGCCGCAGCAGCUGCUGCAGCUGAAGCUGAGAAAGCAGAAGCCGAAGCUAAAGCUAAAGCAGAAGCAGUAGCCAAAGCUAAAGAAAAGGCAAAAGAAAAAGCUAAAGCAAAGCAAAAGACUGCAACAACAAAGGCAAAGACAAAGACAAAGGUGAAGGCAGAAGGGGGAGAGGGCACUGAUAAGGCAGAAGGAACCUCUGAUAUAGAGAAUGAAGAGGAGGAAGAAGAUGUAGAAGAGGAGGAGGAGGAAGAGGAAGGCUCUGAAACAGCUAAAUCUACAUCAUCAAAACCAAAGAAGAUAAAAGCAGAGGGAGAGGCUUCUGCUCAAGGUGCUGAUACUGAAGAAGGGGAGCCUGUUCAAGAGAAGAGGAAGAGGGUGAGGGCAGGCCCACUUGUCCCUGAUACAGUCAUUGACCCUGGCGUGUACUUCACCAGUGGACUGUCAGAUGUAACUGCCAUCAUUGGGACUGAUGCAGAGUUGGUCUGCAGACUGAGCAGUGAGGAAUGUGAUGGAGUCUGGUACAAAGAUGGGACAGAGAUAACAGCUACAGAUGAUAUCUGUAUUGUUAAAGAUGGGACUUAUCGCAAAAUAAUUAUCAAAAACUGCAAAGAAGAUGAUGCUGGGAAGUACCGAUGUGAAGCUGAUGGACGUAAAACAGAAGCUGUGCUAAGUAUUUCAGAUCCUCCAAGAAUCAACCCUGAUGACCUCACAGAGUUCAUAAAACCUGUUAUAAUCAAAACUGGGAAAGAUGCAGCCUUCAAGCUGACCUUUGUUGGCCGGGAACCAAUGAAGAUCCAGUGGUACAAUGAGGGCGAAGAGCUGUUGGAGGACACCCAUGUCAAGAUAGAGAAGUCUUCCUCUCACAGUCGACUGCUGCUAACCAAGUGCCAACGCAAAACCACAGGAGAAAUUAAGAUCAAGAUUAAAAAUGAAUGUGGAACAACUGAAGCCAUCACACAGCUUGUUGUAUUAGAUAAACCAACACCACCUCUAGGCCCUGUAGAUAUAAUUGAAAGUUCGUCAACUUGCAUUGAGUUCAAAUGGAGGCCUCCCAAAAACAAUGGAGGUUCUCCUAUCACUGACUACAUCCUGGAACGUCAGCAAAUUGGCCGAAACAGCUGGAAGAAAUUAGGCAAGAUUGGCCCAGAGUCUAAAUAUAGGGACACUGAUGUGGAUCAUGGCAGAAAGUACUGCUACCACAUCAGGGCUGAAACCGAUCAAGGCAUCAGUGAAAUGAUGGAGACUGACGACAUUCAGGCAGGGACAAAGGCCUACCCUGGACCUCCUUCUACACCAAAAAUUGUUAGUGCUUUCAAAGACUGUAUCAAUCUUGCUUGGUCUGCACCUUCUAAUACUGGAGGAACCAACAUUUUGGGAUACAACGUGGAGAAGCGCAAGAAUGGCAGUAAUCUGUGGAGCCUUGUCAACCCACCCGAUGAGCCCAUCAAAGAGAAAAAGUAUGCAGUGAAGGAUGUUGUUGAAGGCAUUGAGUAUGAGUUCCGUGUAUCAGCCAUCAAUAUUUCUGGUGCUGGUGAGCCAAGUACACCCUCUGAAUUUGUGAUCGCAAGAGAUCCAAAGAAGCCACCUGGUAAAGUUAUUGACUUGAAAGUGACGGACUCCACAUAUACCACCUUAUCCCUGGGCUGGACCAAACCCACGGAGGAGGAGGGGGUCCAAGAUGAGGCCAAAGGAUACUUUGUGGAGCUCAGACCAGCAGAAAACCCAGAAUGGGGUAGAUGUAACUCCAGUGCUAUCAUUAUGACCUCCUACACUAUUAUGGGUCUGAAGUCUAUGGCCAUGUACUGGGUAAGAGUUGUAGCCACCAAUGAGGGUGGAAACGGUGAGCCUCAAGAGUUGGACAACUACAUCAUUGCAAUGCCUCCUCCAGUGAAACCUCAAUUCACUGACAAAAAAAUAAAGAACUUCAUGGUAAUGAAAGCUGGGAAUGCUGCUCGAAUCAACUUUAACUUUCAGGCCUCUCCACUACCAGCAAUCACAUGGCUCAAGGACGGCCUGCCUGUGCCCAAGCAUGUGACAGUGAGCAACUCGGAUACAUCAUCACAGUUAAUGAUCUCCUCAUCAGAGCGCCAUGAUACUGGGAUCUACACCAUCAUCUUGAAGAACCUUGUUGGUCAAGAAACCUCCAGCGUUGAGAUAAGAAUCACAGAUGACCCCAAGGUUCCAGGCCCCGUGGAGCUGGAUGAGAACGUGUCCGGAACAGUAACGGUCUCCUGGGCUCCGUCUCCCGAUGAGAAGAAAGACGACAGACUGCAUUACAUGAUCACCAAGCAUGACUCUGUUAAGCGUACUUGGCAAACCGUGGCAGACCACCUCUUCAAUAACAAGUUCACUGCCAUCAACAUCAUGCCAGGAAGGCAGUAUAAGUUCAGGGUCUAUGCCAAGAAUGACAUGGGGAUAUCCAAACCCUCUGAGUCAGCAACCUGGGAAGUGAAGAGAAAGAAAGAAACAUUUUCUUUGACCCUUCCUGAAUCUAAGGACUGCAACUUUGAGACACUUCCAUCAUUCACUGUUCCACUGAAAACACACAACAGUCCAGAGAGCUACGAGUGCUACAUGAGUUGUGCGGUGACAGGAAACCCCAGACCCCAUGUUACCUGGUACAGAAAUAAUGUCAGCCUCAAUACCAACACUAACUACUACAUCACCAAUACAUGUGGAGUCUGUUCCAUGGUUAUACUCAAAGUUGGGCCCAAGGACAGUGGAGAUUACAAAGUCAUAGCAGAAAACUCUCUGGGCAGAGUGGAGUGUUCAACUAAACUUGUUGUUAAAGAUUAGGAUAAAGAUGUGAACUCCUGAAGAUGCCUGCUCCAUUUAAAUGAAUGAAAAGGAAAGGAUUUGCCAAUCUGAAACCUGCUGUUAUCUUUUUGUUGUUGUUGUUGUUGUUGUCGGUUGGUUGGUUGUUUGCUUUUUGUGAACUACUGAAUUUGUGUGUUUCAAACUCUGUGACAAAAAAAAAUAAAGGCUGAAAGAGAGAAAGAAAGGAAGAACGGUUGAUAACUUUACACAAAUGUUUGAGAGCACUAACACCAAAAGUCAGAUUCUGUUGUAGUCAAAAGGAAAUUCUAUUCAAUUUAUCUACUUCAUGCAAAGAGGACUUUGACAAGGGACAUCUGAGACUCAGCAUUAGUGAUAUGCUAAUCUCGCACAAACACAUUUAUUUAUUGACCUAUUUUUCCCUGAGCUAUGACUAUAGUUAGCUUCCUCUGCUGACAGAGACAUGUACUGGGUUUUCUAAAGUUACUACCUCAUGGAAAAAUAGUGUGUAUGUUUAGUGUUUGAAUUAUUAAUCGUUGUGCCAAAAUGCAAAUAAAUCCACUG